GGAGGCGUCGCUUCCCGCUGCCGGCCCGGGGCGAGCGCAGAGCAGGUCUCCCAAGUCCAAGUCCGGCGUCUGCUGGCCCUACGGCCGCGCGUUCUUCCCCGGGGCGCCCUACCGGCCCCACGGAUGCCGGCGCUAGAAAGAAAAGCGGCGCUUCCUGUCCUUUUCCUAUUUGCGGGACAGCCUGACCCGCUUCUAAGGGACGAGCUUGGGUCUGCUGCCGAGCGCGACGUUGGCCCAGCCCGGACAAGGAUAGGGGAGCAAAAGUCAUGGAAAAGCUAUUUACAGCCUCUCCAGAAGUUGAUUGAACGCCCCAAAGAAUCUCAAAUCUGAGACACUUCUGCUUUGAGGCAUUUGGGGAAGAGGUGCUCACAUGAACUGCUACCAACGUAGUUCACCAGUAAGGUCUGCUGAUUUGGGCCCUACUUUAUUGACAAGACCUGGACAACCAACACUUACCAGAGUGCCCCCACCUAUUCUUCCCAGGCCAUCCCAGCAGACUGGAAGCAACAAUGUGAACACGUUCAGACCUGCUUACAGUUCAUUUUCUUCUGGAUACGGAGCCUACGGAAAUUCAUUUUAUGGAAGUUAUAGCCCUUAUAGUUAUGGAUACAAUGGUUUGGGCUUUAACCGUCUCCGUGUAGAUGAUCUUCCUCCCAGUAGGUUUGUUCAGCAAGCUGAAGAAAGCAGCAGAGGUGCAUUUCAGUCCAUUGAAAGUAUUGUGCAUGCAUUUGCCUCUGUCAGCAUGAUGAUGGAUGCUACUUUUUCAGCCGUCUAUAACAGUUUCAGGGCUGUGUUGGAUGUAGCGAAUCACUUUUCCCGGCUAAAAAUACACUUUACAAAGGUUUUUUCAGCCUUUGCUUUAGUUAGGACUAUAAGAUAUCUUUAUAGACGGUUACAGUGGAUGAUGGGUUUAAGAAGAGGCUCUGAGAAUGAGGACCUGUGGGCAGAAAGCGAAGGAACUGUGGCCUGCCUUAGUGCCGAGGACCAAGCAGCCAACUCAGCAAAAUCUUGGCCAAUAUUCCUGUUCUUUGCUGUUAUCCUUGGUGGUCCUUAUCUUAUCUGGAAACUUCUAUCUACACACAAUGAUGAAGUAACAGACAACACCAACUGGGCAAGUGGUGAGGAUGACCAUGUAGUUGCAAGAGCAGAAUACGAUUUUGUUGCCGUGUCUGAUGAAGAAAUUUCUUUCCGUGCUGGUGAUAUGCUAAAUUUAGCCCUCAAAGAACAACAACCCAAAGUGCGUGGUUGGCUUCUGGCUAGUCUUGAUGGUCAAACAACAGGACUUAUACCUGCAAAUUAUGUCAAAAUUCUUGGUAAAAGAAGAGGCAGAAAAACAAUAGAAUUGAGUACAAUGCCCAAACAACAACCGUCUUUUACCAGCCCAUCAUUAAUUAAAGGAGUCACUACCACCAAUUCUUUGGAAGAACAGGAAGCUGCCUUUGAAUCUGUUUUUGUUGAAACUAAUAAGGUUUCCAGUGCACCUGAUUCUACAGGGAAAAAUGGAGACAAACAAGAUCUUUGAUGUGUUUCAUGUUUGUGGGCAGGUGAACAAUAUUUUAGAGUAUUUUUAAAAAUUAUUUCUUACAGAGAAAUUAAUUUGCAGUUGAAUGAAAGCAUUUGCUCAUGGCUAUGCCGGGCGUUCUUCUGCUAGAAGUUAUGUAGUCACACGCUAGUUGCUGGUCGAGUGAUCUGGCUACACUUGACUGUCUCGUGGACCAUGAGGACGUUUGCUUCACCUAGCUUUUAAGACUAUGGAGAUAGUUGUCAGCUCCAUCUUAUCUCAAUCCCUAGGCUUAUUGGAACAAUAAAUUUGAUGAACAGUAGAACACACAAGUUGCCUCACAAGGGAUCAUUAAUGCUUUUUAAAGUUCUGAGUUAGUUGACUUGAAGUCUUCAAAAAUUGAGUGAUAACAUCUACUUAUAAGAACAGACAAAAGGCUAAAUUUUUUAACCUUAUAAAUAAACUAAAUAAUAAAAAUUUUCUGAUCUGUA